AUGCUUGCCGAUCCUGCAAUGCAGACCUUGUUGUGGUGUGACUGCUGCCAUUCGAAACAGCGGGAGCCGAAGAAACAUACCCUCAGCGCCAUGGAGGAAGGUGCACCAAUAGCACCGGUCGCGGGCAGCAAGCAAGAGAAGGUGCAGUGCUUCGGCCGCAAGAAGACUGCCGUUGCGGUCGCCUUGGUCCGCACUGGCAGCGGUCAGGUGCGCCUGAACGGUUGCCCUUUGCACACCGUGAAACCCGACAUUCUCCGGGUCAAGGUCUACGAGCCUCUCCUACUCCUGGGCAAGGACCGCUGCAGCAAGGUGGACAUCCGCCUGCGAGUAAAAGGAGGAGGUUUCACUGGGCAGAUCUAUGCACUGCGACAGGCCAUCGCAAAGGGCAUCGUGGCAUACUACCAGAAGUACAUCGAUGAGGCAUCCAAGAAGGAGAUCAAGGACAUCCUCAUGGCCUAUGAUCGUUCAUUGAUUGUGGCUGAUCCUCGGCGUUGUGAGCCCAAGAAGUUCGGAGGUCGCUCUGCCCGUGCUCGCUUCCAGAAGUCUUACCGAUGA